AUCAGACCAGAAAGCUAAACCUGUUUCCUGCUUCCCCUUUGUGUUUGUGUGAGCAGGUUUGUCUUGUAAAUCCUCAUUGAAGCCACAUGCAUGUGUCUCUCAGGGCACACCUCUCCACUUUGUCAACACACUUUGUCUCGGAGUACUCUCAGUCGGUUUUAAAUUAGAAGGAAGAUCAGCUCUAUGAUGUGGACAGAAAGGCAGAGCCACCAGCGCUUACACGUACCCAAUAAUGUCAGUGAGAGUGAACAGUUUUGAAGGUGCCGGUCGUGACCAAUGAGAAUGUCCUCGUCUUCCCAUGGGAAAACAUCCUGACUGGCGAAUGCUCGGUGCCAUACAGGAGCCCCCUGUGAACACAGGCAUGAGCAAUUCAACACUGCUUAACAGGCAUUAGUAAUCAAACAAUGCUCAUCUCCCAGUUGGCCCUCAUCCCAAGGCUAAACCAACACGUGUUUUUGUAUUUAUGUGUGAGUGUGUGUGUGUGCAUGCCAGAUCCACUCUCCCCUCCUCAGAGUAUAAAUGUGGAAUUCCUUGACUUCACUGGUCGUGUGCGCUGGUUGCCGGGCCCAGGUAACCCUAGCGACACAUACUACACAGCCCAGCUCAAAGCUGUUGAACAGGAAAAGGUUUGGCGUGACCUGAGAGGGUGCAAUCAUACCGUCGCCACCGAGUGUUCUCUGGACAUCCCGCUGACCUCCAACCUCCUCGCUCACUACCUUGUCCGAGUUCGAGCCGAGAGAUGGGGGGAAACAUCACCCUGGAAGGCUCUGAACCGAACUGUCCAGCCCUACGGAGACAGUCUGCUCAGUGCUCCCACUCUGGACGUAACGGUGGAGAAUCAGAGUGUGCACGUGUCUCUGAAUCACCAACAGACUGUUCUCCCCCGCCUCACUUACAUUCUCACACUACGCGACGGGUCGGGGGGCCACAUUAGCACGGUGGAGUCAUCGUCGCAUCGAGAGUUCCACAAACUCCCUCCUAACCGCUCCUACUGCCUGUCGGCCUCAGUGAGACACCAGUUACUUCACCACAAGGUCGCGGAGAGAUGCUUCGACCUGCCUCCGCGCCAAGACUUUGGGAAGUACGUGGGCGUGGUCGUGGGCCUGUUUGGGCUGCUCGUGGCGCUGAUUGGACUAUUCGCACUCACAUGGAGCUGCCAGAAGCAUGAAGACCACACCCCCAUCAUACGGCAUAUCAGGGAGUCCUCCAAGCAGUGCUUGCUAACCCCAGAGAAUGUGCAUUGUGAGCGCCAACAUUUAAGGAGACAGCUGGAUGAGGAGGAGGAAGAGGUGGACGGGGCUUCCAACAUCUACAUAUCCAGAGUAGGCGUAGGCGUAGCUGGGGCAGACCCAGGUCUCUGGUUGAUCCUUGGCAACCAGGGUACCAACCAGGGUACCAACCAAGGUACCAACCAAGGUACCAACCAGGUUACCAACCAAGGUACUAACCAAGAUACCAACAAGGGCACCAACCAAGGUACCAACCAGGGUACCAUCCAAGGUACCAACCAGGGUACCAACCAGGGUACCAUCCAAGGUACCAACCAGGGUACCAACCAGGGUACCAACCAAGGUACCAACCAGGUUACCGACCAAGGUACUAACCAAGAUACCAACAAGGGCACCAACCAAGGUACCAACCAGGGUACCAACCAGGGCACCAACCAAGGUACCAACCAGGGUACCAUCCAAGGUACCAACCAGGGUACCAACCAGGGUACCAUCCAAGGUACCAACCAGGGUACCAACCAGGGUACCAACCAGGGUACCAACCAAGGUACAAACCAAGGUACAAACCAGGGUACCAACCAGGGGCCAGGACCUCCCUCCCCGGCCAUCUCCGUCAACCCAGGCCACCUCUCUGACUACACCUCCGCCUUGGAUGACCUGGAGUGUGACCCGCUGACCCCUGAGGGACCUGCAGGCCCAACGGAAGACACCCAGCUCCCACAGGGCCCAGACACGGAGGGGGAGAGCGACCAGGGGAGAGCGACUGACACCGGAGUGACCCACUCAGACGGGACAACAGGUCUUGGAGUAACAGUCCAGUGGGGAGAGACAGACAGCAGGGUCACAGCUGGAGACGUAAACUCGGACAGCGAGGGAGGCAGGGACAGGGCUGUGCAGGAGGACAUGGCCCCAGGUCACUCUCCUGUCCCCUGCGAGGCGGAGUUAGAGAUGGAGGCAAAGUCUUUGGUGGUCGUCCGCUCGGAGUACCAGUCUCACUGGAUGCCUUGAUCCCCCCCCUCUCCCCAUGGUGUCCAGUAAUAUUGAGACCUAAACCUGGCUCAUUACUCUUUUUUUACAUUGUUUUGUUCAUAAUAUGGGGUCCAUACAGGGAUGCCACACUCACACAGUAGUCAGGGGUCAGGAUUAAUUAUGAUCUAAUCAUGUAUUUAUUCUGAAGACAUGGCACUGCUUAAAGUUUUUCAUCGUAUCGCGACCUCUUAUUGCAUUGGUGGUCAUCCUGUAGGCCUAAGUUGAUAAGGAAGGGUCUCAGAGAUGAAAGUUGGGUAUAAAAGAGGAUGUCUGGAUCCUUGUCUUCUCCUUGUUGCUGCUUCUUGCUCAGUCCUACUUCUCCCUGCUCCGUUGUCUCUUUCUCUCUCCAAUCAUUUGACAGUAAUCAUGGAGAGGUAGGAUUUAAAGGAAGAUCUAAAACCUUAAUUUGGUGUCAUGUUGGCUUUAAUGUGAUGACAUUCCCCCCCCCAAUUCAAAUGAAGGGGUUGUUAUCACGCUCAGCAGAUGCCUGAUAAUGAUCAUUCAUUUGAAUCAGGUGUGUGGAACAGGGAAACAUCUCAAACGGAUAUUCAAUCCUUGUCCUCAGGGUCCUCUGUCCUGUGUGUUCUAGAUUUUCCUGACUGUGUUUCAUUUGAAUAAAUAGCUUGUGUUGUCAUCUAAAUCUA